UUUUAUUCAAUAGCAUAAGUUUAUAUAUCACUUGUUAUAAACAUAUUUGGGCCUAACCUAUACAAAAGCCCAAACAUAAACAUUCAAUAAUAUACAAGGCCUAACAGUUACAUCGUACUGCACUCCCUUCAAGGCCUUCACCAGACUCUGUUGCUAAAGCUUUGCUUGUGCCAUUCUCAGCUAUUAUCUAUGACUGAGGUAAUUUUUUCUGUCUUCUAUGUUGGCAUCUGAAUCUGUUAGAAUUUACUUUAAUAGUAAGAUUAUUGAUUCUAAUGAUAUUCUUCUUGCACCAUGUGCAUAAUAUGGUUAUAUGCUUCUCUGUGCAGUAUGCUGCCUCAAACGUCAUUUUAGUCUUGCUGAUCAUUUUGGCACGUGCAUUUCAGACCGUGUUCCAGAGACACCAAACAGGAUCAGAAGAUAUGGUGAAGUGUAUGGUAACCAUAUUUUGCAAAUUGGGAGAGCCUCCUGCAGCAAACAUUGGUCUCUCAUCAUCUUCAAUGAGUGCAUUUUCUUCUCAAUAUCAAUGUGAUGAAUGGAGUGCAAGUUAUGGGAAAGAUUCUUCUUUUGAUACACGUCUGGAAAAUUCAUUCAAUGUGGAAGGGCUUAAGGAGUUUAGUGGUCCUUACAGCACUAUGGUUGAAGUUUCAUGUAUGUAUAGAGAAAGCCAGAAAUUGGGAGAUGUGGAGUAUAUGCUGCAGAAUUUCAGGUUAGUUUUGAUUCCCUCUUUCCCCACUGCUAUAGGCUUUCCUUCUUUCAUCAGGCGACUCAUCAAUCUUUGAUUUUUAGAUUAAGGAGGAUCAUCUUCAAAUUGGAUUAAACAUCAACAUGGAAGUGAGGCAAAGACAAGAAAGAACAAGAAAAAGCCAUCCAAUAACAAGGCAUGAACAAAGAAGCAUGAACAGAAGGCUGAUUCCACGCAUACAAGCAACAGAACAAGCAAAGCACCAACCUGUCUGCCAGCCCACCUUGCGAAUCAUGAAGAGCUUAGUUUGGUGCAUGUAUGAGCAUGGAAAUUCAAAGAACAUCUUCAUACACGAAAUAAGAAGCCAAGACUCAAAGAUACUAUGGAGAGCCCUCACAGAAACCACGAGAACAGCUGCAAGGUCACGUACUCGUCAGUUUCUGGAUAAUGGCUGAUCUUAGAAUACUUAGGCUAUUUUAUGUUCUGUUUUAAUCUUCAUGUAUGGCACGCGCUUUAAUAAUUAGGCACGGGGUUAGUUAUGUUUGUUAGACACCCCAAACUAGCCGUUAGAAGCUCUAUAUAAAAGGGCA